AUGAGUCAAGAUUUUUACAGUAAGAUGAAGCUUAGCUCAUAUUCAGACGAAGACGAGUUUACUUUUAUGUCUGAAGGAGUUAAUAUAUCACCAAUAGCAGCGGAAGAUGCUUUCAUUAAUGGUCAAAUCAAGCCUAUUUUUCCAUUUUUCAAUCAAGAUUCGAAGAUUUUGUAUGAGAAUUUGCCUGUGCGGCCCGCAGUGAAGAAGGUUUUUAUUGAGAAGAAAGAUGGGGAAAAGUCAUCCUCGUCUGGAAAUGACGACAUCAAAGUGGUGGAGGUGGAGGCGUCGGCGCCGUCGCCGGCACGGGAGGUGUGCACGAAGAGUAACUCAACUGGGUUCUCCAAGACAUGGCGGUUCAAGGACUCCAUGGGGAGAAGUAACAGUGAUGGGAGGGAUGCGUUUGUUUUCUUGAACAAUAGCAAUACUCCGCCGCCGUCUUCGGCAAAAGUCAACGGGAAGGUGAAGAACAGCAAGAAGAGUAAAACGGCGUCGUUUUCAGCUCAUGAAGUGUACUUGAAAAGUAAAGCCAAAGAAGAGGGUCACCGGAGGUCCUAUUUACCUUACCGGACGGGAUUAAUGGGAUUUUUCACCAACUUAAAUGGUGGAAUAACAAGAAAUGUAAACCCCUUUUGA